AUGAAUAGAGUUUCUUCAAGGCAACCUAAAGCUACCAAAGAAAUAAUCUCUAACACAAAACCUGGACAAGAGAAUGUGAGAGUCACGAGAUCACGUGCUAAGGCCAUAGGAGCGUUGAUAUCUCCAUCAAACCCCAUUUUUAAAGAUGAACCAAAGCUUAAAAAACGAAUGGCAUCAGAUGUUAUAAAAAUUUGUCAGAAUAAGAGACGUGUGGUGCUCAAGGAUGUGACUAACACUUUGGCCUGUUUGGAUGGGAACAAUGUUAAGAUUAGCAAGAGAGACCAAGAUGUGGAUGUCGAAAAAUCGAAACUAGCAGAAGAUUUGUCAAAGAUUAGGAUGGUUGAAUCUGCUACAAACUCCAAAGAUGGAGAUCAAAAAGAAGACGGUUAUGAUGUCAGAGGCUGUCUUAAGUUUAUAGAUAUUGAUUCUAGUGCUCAAGAUCCUCGGUUUUGUAGCUUAUAUGCUGCAAAUAUGUAUGACAGUUUUCAUGUUGCAGAGCUUGAUCAAAGACCUUCAACUAGCUAUAUGGUGCAAAUACAAAAAGAUAUCAGUCCAAGUAUGCGUGGGAUUCUUAUUGAUUGGCUUGUGGAGGUUUCUGAAGAGUAUAAGCUGGCUUCAGAUACACUUUACCUUACAGUGAAUCUAAUUGAUCGGUUCUUGUCCAACAAUUACAUUGAAAAACGGAGGCUCCAGCUUCUUGGUGUCACUUGCAUGUUAAUAGCCUCAAAGUAUGAAGAGAUAUGUGCACCAAGGUUAGAAGAGUUUUGCUUCAUUACUGACAAUACAUACACAAGACUUGAAGUAGUGGACAUGGAGACUCAAGUUUUAAACUUCCUUCACUUUCGGUUAUCAGUUCCAACCACCAAAACGUUUCUCAGGCGGUUUAUUCAAGCAGCUCAAGUUUCUGACAAGAUUCCACAAAUUGAGAUGGAGUCAUUAGCAAACUAUCUUGCAGAAUUGACUCUUGUUGAAUAUAGUUUUCUAAGGUUCUUGCCGUCUUUAAUUGCUGCCUCGGCUGUUUUUUUAGCAAGAUGGACACUAGACCAAUCUAAGCAUCCUUGGAACCCAACUCUACAGCACUAUACUAGAUAUGUAACGUCUGCUCUUAAGGACACAGUACUUGCAAUGGAGGAUUUGCAGCUCAACACUAGUGGAAGCACCCUUGUUGCUGUAAGGAACAAAUAUAACCAAGAAAAGUUUAAAAGAGUGGCGACACUAAUAUCUCCUGAACGUGUUACCAUACUAUUCUCAAGAUGA